AUGCCUCUGAAGACUUCCCUGUACUUAAAAUCGGCCACCAUGCGCUGGCCCCCCAAGCAGAAGCGCCGUGAACUGCUGUCAGUCAACAUGAUCAGCCUACCACUGGGCGACUUCCGUCACCUCUCCCACAUCGGAUUGGAUGCCCACGGUGAUACCUUCGGCGACCUCACAGCCUUCCACCGGACUGGUAGUCUCAUCCUCCACAGCUCUCAAAGCCACCAGGACCUCUACUCCAAAGGGAUCGCCCCACCCCCACCCAAGCCCCCACGACUCCUCAGCCCAGAAGAGAUGGAUGCGCAGUCCGCCGAAACCAGAACCCUUCCCCAGGCUUUCAGGCACAAGUGCCACUCCCUGCCUUUACUGGAUGAUGUGGAGCAUGAUGGGUUGUACCAACAAGAGGAGGUAAAGCAGAAGCAGGAAGAGGAGGGAGGGUUAACGAUGGGUCCGGAUGGAUUUGAAUUGAACGCGGCCCCCCAACAGGUCCCUUGUCUACCAGUGGAGGCCUCUCCAGUGGUCGAGGAAGACUCGUCUUUUUCCCUGAACCUUGACCUGGGGCCAUCCAUACUAGAAGAUGUCCUGCAGGUGAUGGACCAGCUUUACCAGUGAGACUUUGAGAAGGGUGGCCCUCAGAACAAAAUCUAUUACAAUCACAUGUAUGAGGGCCUUUCAAGAAACCCAAGACACUGUACCAGACACUGUACAUAGGGAGAACUCUAAACUCCUUCCUUUCUAAUGGGAAUUGAAAGAGGUUGUGCCAUUGAUGGACAAAUGGGCUGAAUCAUUGUCAACUGUCAGGAUGCUAAUCGGCACAAUUGUUUUCAAUCACUGCAUACAUAGAGGACAGUUUGUAUAAUAUUUCCUUCUUUUGCAUGCAAUAUAAUAUAGAGGGAUGUGUCAUAUCUGGGUCAACGCUUUGGACAUUUAUCCUUCUCAGGUGAAAGCUCUGAGCCAAUGACACUCCACUCCACCUGGGUCAUGUGACCUAAGGACAGACGAUGCCACAUAUUUGUAUCUAGAGGAGACAUGUUGUGAAAGGUAAAAAAGACAGACUGUAAACUAUGAGACAGAGCUGUGAGACAGACAUUUGUGACUGAAGCUUGUCUGACAACUUCUGUGGUGAAACACUGAAAGAACACUGGUUGCUUUUUCUUUUCGAUGUUUAGGCCUACUAUACAGGGAUAAUGAGAACUAGCACUCCCAUAGUAUCUAAGUCAGCUACAGUACGACUCACUCGAAUGUAUACGUAUAGAACUAUUUCUUGUUUUUCUUACCAAGUACUCAAGGGGAAAGUUCACCAACAGACCUUUAUGAAUAUACUACUGUAGAAGUCUUUAUGACAUGGUUUAUGGCGUGACUGUGAAUAGUAUCAGCCUAUAAAAGUUUCUUCGGAAAAGCAAAGAUCACCAACAAUCCUUUUCCCAUAUCAUAAUAUGUUAGAUUAAAGUGGAGCAUGAACUCUGCCCAGCACAAUGAAAUCACAUUGUGUUUAUACUCUAUAGAAUAAGCUUUCAUUUGUGAAAUAAAAACCAGAAAGCUAAGAUAGUGCUUACUUUUUGCAUCUGAGACACUUUAUUCUUUAACAUCACUGCUACCUCCUGGUGGCCCAUUUUGUAACAACUAUCACAUCCAUUUGUCUUUCUACACCACCCGAAGAAGAUAUUUCACAGCCUUAUAUUGGCCGGUAUGUGCAUCUUCAUUACUUCAUGGUCCAGUGGGUCAAUGUCCAUUAUUUAAAUAUAUUAGUUUUAUAAAUCUCCCUCAAGCUUUUUGAUAGAAACUAUCAAGAAUAAUCCAGAGCAAUUUACAGUUGAGUGCCUAAUUGUUGUUACUUUUUCGUGCUGAUCCCCCAUAGGAAUCAAACCCAGAACCCUGGCAUUGCAAGCACCAUGCUCUACCAACUGAGCCACUCGGGACCACACAGCUACUUUGCCCCAUAACAAAUAUACAUUUAAUAAGAUCUAUACUCAGUAUGGCCAUCCAUGUUAUUAGUAUGCUUUCUUUAUUUAUCACACUCAUUUCACUCCCUGUAUCCUAUGUAAUAUCCUCCAUUUUGUUCCCUCGACUCUUGUGAUUCAUGCAAUCUCAACAAUGGGACUGAGGCACAACCACACCAAUUAUUGUGUUCUGCAUCUGUGUGAGAUAACAUGAAUCAGCUUGUCUGUGGAAGAUACACUGUGUUUACCUACUGCUAACCCAUUCAAAUACACCGCUGUUCUCGACAAGUCUGCCUUUUUUAGCAGACUCUCCUUCACAGGCUUGGUAGAAGCCUGGCUACGGCAUAGGUUGUCAGAAAACCCACACUGUUUCAAAAUCAUCUGUUGUGAAUGUUGACAUGGCCAUUGUAUUGGAAUAAUUCAUCCAGGCUACUGUCUUAUCAUCUGGGUUGGCUUAAAUAAAGGUAACUGAUUGAGGUACCUGA